GGAAGUUUUCUUGUUCAUUGUUUCUGUAUUACCAUUGAUAGACUCUUCCUUUUUACCUUUUGAGAAUCUUUUCUGCACCCUCUCCAAUAGGAAUUUCGAGAGCGAACAUUCGGAGGAGUGGUGGGGUUUGCUCGGAAUCGUUCAAGGAUAAUAUCGAUAGGAAGUUGAUCCUCCGAUGGCUUCCGCCCCGCCACAAAAUUCUCCUCCUUCUCCAACGCCUCCUUCUACAUCCUCCGACACGCCUCCUCCAUCAUCCUCAACACCUCCUCCCGCAUCUCCUCCGCCAUCAUCACCCCCACCAUCUUCACCUCCUCCAACGUCAGCACCUCCACCAGCAUCAACAUCACCACCACCACCAAGUAAUGACUCACCACCGCCACCAGUAGACAACGGCUCUCCCCCGCCACCAAGCGACUCAAAUUCUUCAUCACCGCCACCAAAUAAUAAUAAUUCCAAUUCUCCACCCCCACCGCCUUCCUCUAAUAAUAAUAAUAACAAUUCACCGCCUCCACCACCGAACAACAACAAUGGUGACAACAAUAAUAGGUUUUCACCUCCCCCACCCCCGCCGCCGCCUCCUCCUCCACGAUCACGUCACUCGCCGCCGCCGCCAAAAUCAUUGACACCUCGAUCAAGAGAUACGCCCUCAAAUAAUGAUGGUGGAUCAUCAAAUAGUGGAAAUAAUAAUAUUGUGCCGAUUGCAGUUGGAGUUGGGGUUGGAGUGGCUGCAUUGCUGCUUCUUGGUUUCAUUGCAUACCUAUGUACAAGCAAAAAGAAGAAAAAGAGAUUGGAGUAUGAUUAUUAUGCAGACCAAAACCUUGGUGCCAAAGGUGGUAACUAUUACAAUUCACCAUCACCCGCAAACAAUUGGCAAUCGCCGGCGAGCCAAAAGAACGGUAACCUCCCGCCGCCACCCGGUGUCUACGGAGCAUGGUCAUCAUCUCCACAGCAACCCAAUCCUCCAAGUCCACAACCACCACUCCCUCCCGGCGUAAUGACGAGCAGCGACAUGAGCUCCAACUUCUCCGGGCCAUACGGACCGCCAUUGCCACCGCCUCACCCAUCGGUGGCGCUCGGGUUCAACCAGAGUAGCUUCAGCUACGAUGAGCUAGCCUCAGCAACAGGAAACUUUACACAAGCGAAUUUAUUAGGGCAAGGAGGGUUCGGUUACGUGCAUAAGGGGGUAUUGCCUAAUGGAAAAGAAAUUGCAGUGAAGAGUUUAAAAGCUGGAAGUGGACAAGGUGAUAGAGAAUUUCAAGCUGAGGUUGAGAUUAUUAGCCGUGUUCAUCAUCGGCAUCUUGUUUCUCUUGUUGGAUAUUGUAUUGCUGGAGGCCAACGGCUACUUGUUUAUGAGUUUUUGCCUAAUUCUACCCUUGAAUUUCAUCUUUAUGGUAAGGGUCGCCCAACAAUGGAUUGGCCUACUAGGAUUAAAAUUGCCUUGGGAUCAGCUAAAGGACUUGCUUACUUGCAUGAAGACUGUCAUCCUCGCAUUAUCCACCGAGACAUAAAAGCUGCAAAUAUUUUACUUGAUUUAGAUUUUGAAGCUAAGGUCGCAGACUUUGGAUUAGCUAAGCUGUCAACAGACAAUAAUACUCAUGUAUCAACUCGUGUUAUGGGAACUUUUGGAUACUUGGCUCCUGAGUAUGCAUCAAGUGGGAAGCUAACUGAUAAAUCUGAUGUGUUCUCAUUUGGUGUAAUGUUAUUAGAACUAAUUACAGGUCGCCGCCCCAUUGAUCUCAAUGGGGACAUGGAUGAGAGCUUAGUUGAUUGGGCUAGACCCGUAUGUGCCGCUGCUGUAGAGAGUGGAAACUUUUCAGAAUUGGCAGAUCCACGUUUGGAGGGGAACUAUGACCAUGCUGAAAUGGCUCGCAUGGUCGCGUCUGCUGGUGCUGCCGUUAGGCAUUCAGGAAGGAGACGGGCCAAAAUGAGCCAUAUUGUUCGAGCAUUAGAAGGCGACAUGUCGUUGGAUCAUCUAAUUAGCGAGCCGGUAAAGCCCGGACAAAGUACAAUAAUCAGCUCAACUUCAGGCAGUUCUGACUAUGAAAACACAUCUUACAGUGCAGACAUGAAGAAAUUCAGGAAGGUGGUAAUGGACAACAGCCAAGAAUAUGCAAGUAGUGAAUAUGGUCAUACAAGUGAGUAUGGGCUUAACCCUUCCUCUUCAAGCAGUGAAGAUGCAAGCAAAGUUGGCACUGUCUUGCCUAGCAGAAAGCACAGUCCUUAAGGGUAGAAUUGGAAUUUGAAUUAUAUUAUUAUUAUUCAUGGACAAAUUUCAAUGACUGAGUGUUUAUUAUUAGAAAAAUAUGGCAAAAUGAUAUUGAAUUUUUUUUACUUUUGGUAAAUGCUAAGAGUAAUUGAAAGAGUACUCAUUCAUUUAUCAUUGUUUAAUUAAUUAAUGAGAUUUGUAAAGAAUUAUUGGGUUGUGUUUGAAGGUGCAUUAUUUCAUCUCUUUGUUUUGGA